GUGAACGGUGGAUGGUCAAGCUAUGGCUCAUGGUCAGCAUACGGUACGUGCACAAGAACAUGUGGAGGAGGAACCAUGUCGAGAUUUCGCACACGCACGUGCACCAGUCCGAGUCCUGCUUAUGGUGGAGCCAUGUGUUUUGGCUCAGGACGCGCUACCCAGUCCACCAGUUGUAACACACAAAGUUGUGCAGUUGAUGGUGGAUGGAGUGACUAUAGCGCGUGGACAGUGUACAGCACGUGCACAGCUACAUGUGGAGGAGGAUCUCAGUUCAGGACCAGAAACAGGACGUGCACCAACCCUGCCCCAGCCCACGGAGGUCGGGACUGUGACGGUGAUACCAGGGACAGAUCUGAGAGGGACUGUAACACUCAUCCCUGCCCAAAUGAUGGUGGGUGGAGUGACUACAGCGCGUGGACAGUGUACAGCACGUGCACAGCUACAUGUGGAGGAGGAUCUCAGUUCAGGACCAGAGACAGGACGUGCACCAACCCUGCCCCAGCCCACGGAGGUCGGGACUGUGACGGUGAUACCAGGGACAGAUCUGAGAGGGACUGUAACACUCACAUCUGCCCAAUUGACGGUGGCUGGACUGACUGGGAAGAGUGGCAGGAUGUGGACGAGUGCAGUGUCCAGUGUGGUGGCGGAAAGAAGGACCAGGACCGCUCCAGGACCUGUACCAACCCAAGCCCGGCCUUCGGUGGAGCCGACUGUGACGGAGAGCUACCAGAACCAGACCAUCGACUGUAACACCGAGGAGUGUGGAGUUGACGGUGGCUGGACUGACUGGGAAGAGUGGCAGGAUGUGGACGAGUGCAGUGUCCAGUGUGGUGGCGGAAAGAAGGACCAGGACCGCUCCAGGACCUGUACCAACCCAAGCCCGGCCUUCGGUGGAGCCGACUGUGACGGAGAGAGCUACCAGAACCAGACCAUCGACUGUAACACCGAGGAGUGUGGAGAUCGUUGUGCAGACGAUGGCGCAUUCCUUGCCCAUGCCACCGAUGAGAAGCGCUUCUACCAGUGCAGAAAUGGCAGGGCCCUCCGCCAGCAGUGUCCGGAAGGUACCGUGUAUGACUCCGAGAAUUCCAUCUGCGACCACGCGAUCAAUUCAGCCCCGUAA